UUUCACCAACCCCCCAAAAGCAAAACACAAAAUAACUUGUUUCACUCGCACUCAGAAAAACACAUUUACAAAAGAGAUUGAGGAUUAUUGCAGAGCAUCUAAUAAAGUUUGAAUCUUAACAAAAUUUUGAGAUGGCCCAAGUGACCAGAAUCCACAAUGGUCCUCAAAACGCACAGAUUCUUCUUCGCCAUACUCACAAUUCCCACAUACCCAAAUCAGCAAACUCAGUUUCAUUGAAGUCACAACUUUGGGGCACCUCAAAAUCUGUGAGCUUGAAUCACAAAAAUGGUGUCUUUUUGGGAAAUUUUGAGGUGGGUAGGUGCAAUAAUAAUGUGGUUAGGGUUUCUGCAUCUGUUGCCGCUACAGAGAAGCCUUCGACGGCGCCGGAGAUCGUUCUGGAACCUAUCAAAGAAAUCUCCGGAACCAUCACAUUGCCUGGCUCGAAGUCUCUGUCCAAUCGAAUUUUGCUUCUUGCUGCUCUCUCUGAGGGAACAACUGUUGUGGACAACUUGUUGAAUAGCGAGGAUGUUCAUUACAUGCUCGGUGCAUUAAGGACCCUUGGACUACGAGUGGAAGAUGACAAAAAUGCCAAACAAGCAAUCGUGGAAGGCUGUGGGGGGUUGUUUCCCACUGGUCGAGAGUCUAAAGAGGAAGUUACUUUAUUUCUUGGAAAUGCUGGUACUGCAAUGCGUCCUUUGACAGCAGCUGUGACUGCUGCAGGUGGAAACACAAGCUAUGUACUUGAUGGGGUGCCCCGAAUGAGAGAGAGGCCUAUUGGAGAUUUGGUGGCUGGUCUCAAGCAGCUUGGUGCAGAUGUUGAUUGUUCCCUUGGCACAAACUGUCCACCUGUUCGUGUAGUUGGGAAGGGAGGACUUCCUGGGGGAAAGGUGAAGUUGUCUGGAUCAAUUAGCAGUCAAUACUUGACUGCAUUGCUCAUGGCAGCUCCUUUGGCCCUUGGUGAUGUUGAAAUUGAGAUUAUCGAUAAACUGAUUUCUGUUCCCUACGUUGAUAUGACUUUGAAACUGAUGGAGCGCUUUGGAGUCCAUGUGGAGCACAGUGGUAACUGGGAUAGGUUCUUGGUCCACGGAGGUCAAAAGUACAAGUCUCCUGGGAAUGCUUUUGUUGAAGGCGAUGCUUCUAGUGCCAGCUACUUCCUCGCAGGUGCAGCUGUUACCGGUGGGACUAUCACAGUUGUAGGCUGCGGCACAAGUAGUUUACAGGGAGAUGUAAAAUUUGCUGAAGUUCUCGAAAAGAUGGGAGCUAAAGUUACAUGGACAGAGAACAGUGUCACCGUUACUGGCCCACCACGAGAUCCUUCAGGCCGAAAAGUCUUGCAAGGCGUUGAUGUCAAUAUGAACAAGAUGCCAGAUGUUGCCAUGACACUUGCCGUUGUUGCGCUAUUUGCUAAUGGCCCCACUGCCAUAAGAGAUGUGGCUAGUUGGAGAGUUAAGGAGACAGAGAGAAUGAUAGCAAUUUGCACAGAACUUAGGAAGCUAGGAGCAACAGUUGAAGAAGGUCCUGAUUACUGUGUGAUAACGCCACCCGAGAAACUGAACAUCACGGCGAUCGACACGUACGAUGACCACAGAAUGGCCAUGGCAUUUUCUCUUGCUGCUUGUGGCGAUGUUCCAGUAACCAUCAAUGAUCCUGGUUGCACCCGGAAAACAUUCCCUGAUUACUUUGAAGUUCUUGCAAAGUACACCAAGCAAUAAACAUUCUUGUACAUUUUUAGUAGGGAAGGGAGAGAGAAAUAUAUAUAAUAUAAAAUGCUCACUAAGCAGUGUGAGAUUAUUAUGGCUUGCUUUUGAUUUCUGAGUUAUUUCCUUGUAACGACUUGAGAACAAUUUGUAAUAUUGAAAUGAGUCAUUGGUUUUGUUGUAUCAAAUAAUGUAAUUUGAUUCUCUAUAGUGACUUAAGGUUAUCUUUUUUUUUUU